GAUAUUUGUCGUGUAAAUCAAAAUGUAGUAGUAUGACUUAAAACUGUCAGUGGGCUUGGUUGAUUUUGAAAACAAGAGGAGACCCUAGCCUUGAUAUUUCUACCAAGUGAGAAAAGAGAGGGUUCAUCUAAGGCAGCGGAUUGAAAAUGUAUCUGGUGGAGAGCAAAGGAGGUGCCAUAGUGUGUAUGCUCCUUUCCCUCUCUUUCUUGGGGACAUGGCCUGCCCUUUUGACUCUUUUAGAGAGACGAGGUCGUCUUCCCCAGCAUACUUACCUUGAUUAUUCAAUCACAAAUCUGUUGGCUGCUGUAAUUUUAGCUUUCACUUUUGGUGAGAUUGGCAAGACCAAACCUGAGAUGCCCAAUUUCUUAACUCAACUUUCUCAGGUGGAUAAUUGGCCCUCUGUUUUAUUUGCAAUGGCUGGCGGGGUGGUCCUUAGCCUGGGAAAUUUAUCAACACAAUAUGCUUGGGCUUUUGUUGGUUUAUCAGUGGCUGAAGUGAUUACUUCCAGCAUAACUGUCGUUAUAGGCACAACCCUGAAUUACUUUUUAGACGACAAAAUUAACAAAGCUGAGAUUCUUUUCCCCGGUGUUGCUUGCUUUAUGAUAGCUGUCUGUCUUGGAUCUGCUGUUCACUCAUCCAAUGCAGCAGAUAAUAGAGUAAAGCUCAGCAAUUUAGCAAGUGAUCAAAACCUUGCAGCAGGGAUGACACCUGCUUCAGCAUUUGAAGGAAGAAAAGAUCUGGAGAACGGAAACGCUACUGUAGAGAAGGCGAAAUUUGGGACGGCAGACUUUCUUGUGGAGCUUGAGAACCGGAGAGCAAUUAAGGUGUUGGGCAAGAGUAUUGUAAUGGGCCUGGCCAUUACCUUCUUCGCUGGUGUUUGCUUGUCUCUUUUCUCACCGGCAUUUAAUUUGGCGACAAAUGAUCAGUGGCACACCUUGAAGAAAGGGGUGCCCAAGUUGGUUUUGUAUACUGCAUAUUUCUACUUCUCUGUCUCUUGUUUUGUAAUUGCUAUCAUUCUCAAUAUCAUCUUGCUUUAUCGUCCUGUACUCAAGUUAUCAAGAUCAUCAUUAAAGGCUUAUUUGAAUGACUGGAAUGGAAGAAGCUGGGCCCUUUUGGCAGGUCUUCUAUGUGGGUUUGGGAAUGGUCUGGAGUUUAUGGGAGGACAAGCUGCUGGAUAUGCAGCAGCAGAUUCUGUUCAGGUAAAAACACAAAACUAUUCAUCUGCUGAAGAACGUGAUUGCAUUGAUUAUAGUGAUUUUAAUCAUCGAAGAUCGUUUGGGGUGGUCAUUUCAGGCACUUCCACUUGUGAGCACUUUCUGGGGAAUAAUUCUGUUUGGAGAGUACCGGAGAUCAUCAAGACGGACCUAUAUAUUGCUUGUCAGUAUGCUAACUAUGUUUAUUAUUGCCGUUGGCGUUCUCAUGGCCUCAUCUGGGCAUCGAAAAUGAGCAAGUGAUUCCAAGAUUCUUGUUCUGGACUAUCAUAAAAAAACCAGUCCAUAUGAGAAAAGAAGUUGAUGAGGAACUUGGGAGAGCAAUAGCUGGAGUUGGCCGGUGAAUUAUUUGUAAUCCAAGAUGUCGUCAAUGGAUUGCAUGGUGGCUGUCUCUAAA